AUGGUUACUUUCUCCAACUUUGUCCUUGGCCUUGCAGCUGUUGCCGCUUCCCUCGGCGCCCCAGCUCCUCGGCAUGAGUCCGAUCCUCUCCCUCCCCAUGUCGAGAGACGCGGCCCGCAUGACUUCUUCUUGGGACCUGAUCACCCACUCAUGAUCGCCCGCCGAAAAAGGUCUGAGAACGAGACAGGCACCGACUAUGUCCAGAACUAUAAGACCGGAGGCACAGUCAACUUCACGCCCUCCAAAAACGGUUUCUCGCUUAACUUCAACACCAAGGAGGAUUUUGUAGUCGGUGUAGGCUGGAAGACGGGCAGCACUGCGCCAAUCACUCACGAGGGUUCGUUCGCUGUUACUAGCGGCCUGGGCACGCUUUCAAUUUACGGCUGGACAACCAAUCCGCUUGUAGAGUACUACGUGAUCGAGGACGCUGUCGGUUUCUCUCAGACUGGCACAAAGAAGGGUACGGUCAGCAGUGACGGCGGUACCUACACCAUUUGGGAAGCCCAGCGCGUAAAUGCGCCAUCGAUUCAGGGUACCAAGACUUUCAACCAGUAUAUUUCAUUCCGCAACGGUGGCCGAAGCAGUGGCACUGUUACCUUGGCCAACCAUUUUAAUGCUUGGGCGAAGGCGGGGAUGAAGCUUGGAACGAUGAACAUCCAGGUCGUCGCCGUCGAGACCUGGAAUGGUGCUGGGUCUGCUAAACAGACUGUCGCCCAUUAG